GCCAGUCCCAGCUGAGUCAUAAGGAAUCUUCAGUUAGUGUGUGUGUUGGUAAACUGGAAAGCUUGGUGUUAUUGAUUCCCCAUAAUAGAAGCAAACAUGCAUAUCUGUGGUUCCUAGGGUAUUGCCUUUCCAGGUAAUGAUGAGAUCCAGACCUACCUAGCUUUAGCAAAGUGGAGCGCAGUACCCUGCCAGCCUUUCCACCUAUGUUGACUUCAUGGAUCCUGAACGGCUUGUCCAAUGCCCCUAUGAUAAGAACCACCAGAUCAGAGCUUGCAGGUUACCUUAUCACUUGGUGAAGUGCAGAAAGAACAACCAGAAGAUCGCCAAAGAACUGGUAACAUGCCCCUACAAUGCCCGUCACCGAGUUCCAAAGCAGGAGCUCAAAUUUCACACUGCAACUUGUGAGAAUAAAGUUUCUCCAGAGAUUUUGGAAGUUGCUGCCAAUCCAAAGAACAAGAUCAAACAGGUGAUAGCUUGGCAAUGUCCCCUUCCAGAGGAAGAUUGGGAGGCUGAUGCUGAUAAAUCUCCUGCUCCUCCUUUUGUGUUUGGUGCCAGCUAUCCUGGUGAGAGGAGCUAGAAUCCAGAACUUGCUUUUAUGCAAAAGAGACUGUCUGCAACAUUUUAUCUGUAUUGGGAAAACACUGCAACAAGAUCACUGCAAACUAUUCUGGCAGGGUAGCAAUGGCAAAAGCAAUACUCCAACUGACAUUGCAAGAUAUGAGGAUUCUCCAGAAGAAGCAACAGAGACAAACUAUUUUAAAUCAACUUCUUAAAAAUGUUUUUAUCAUUUUAUCAUAAUAAACUGUUUAAAUGCUGUAAAGAA